GGGACGAGGCGGGGCGGCCAGCCGGUGCCCAGGGAUGUUCGGCCGGAGGCGGCGGGGGCCCGGGGCCUCGCGGGGGCUGGGGCGGCUCCUCCCGCUGCUGCUGCUCCUGCUCGGGGGCGCCGCGGGCCGGAUCCACCGCCUGGUGCUGACGGGCGAGAAGAGGGCUGACAUCCAUUUGAACACCUUUGGCUUCUACGCGAAUGGCUCCCUGGAGGUGAACGUGAGCCGGCUGCAUCUUGGCCUUGGCAGCGCCAAGCAGGAGAAGCCAUGGGUCGGCUUCAGCUUGUCCAGGACGAGGAUUCGCGAGGCCCUUUCCUACCCAUUUUCCUCUCUGCAGGGGAAGGAAUCUCAUAACUGCACCUUGGAACAAAAUGGAGCGGAGUCACGAAUCCUCUUCCUCAUCGACGUCAACCAGAAAAGGGUCCAAGUGCGGAAGCUGGGAGAGCAGAAGAAGCUGCAGAUUUAUUCCGGUCUGAUCCCCGAGGUGCAGAAUGGGGGCUCAGAUCCGAAACCAGCCAACGAUAGCAAGGCCCAGGCUGCUGCCAGUAAAGGCACAGAAACACAGCAGGAAGUGCCUGGUAAAGGGCCCAAUGCGGGAAGCCCCCAGAAGAAGACAGAGGGCGAAGCCAAGCAGCAGGAUUCCAGCCACAGAGUGGAAGAUCUGGUCCUGGCUCUAGGGAACGUGAACGACUCCUACAACUUCAGCUUCCACGUAGUGAUCGGCUCGGAGGCGGAAGGUCUGUACAACCUUAACUUUCACAACUGCCACAACAGAGCCCCGGCAAACCAGAUGCCUUACGACAUCACCGUGAUGAUCCGAGAGAAGAACCCGGACGGAUACCUGUCGGCUGCCGAGAUCCCCCUCAUCAAACUCUACCUGGUCAUGUCCGCCUGCUUCCUGGCCGCGGCCACCGUGUGGGUCUACUUCCUCUGCCAGCACAAGUUCAGCGUGUUCAAAAUCCACUGGCUUAUGGCCGCCUUAGCGUAUACCAAGGCCCUUUCUCUCCUCUUUCACAGUAUCAACUACUAUUUCAUUAACACCGAGGGUCACCCGAUCGAGAGCUUAGCCGUCAUGUACUUCGUGACCCACCUGCUGAAGGGCGCCCUGCUCUUCAUCACCAUCGCGCUGAUUGGGACAGGCUGGGCCUUCAUCAAGUACAUCCUGUCGGACAAAGAGAAGAAGCUCUUUGUGAUCGUCAUCCCCUUGCAGGUGCUGGCAAACGUCGCUUACAUUAUCAUCGAGUCCUCGGAGGAGGGCAGCAGUGACUACGCCUCCUGGAAGCAGAUCCUCUUCCUGGUGGACCUGCUCUGCUGCGGGGCCAUCCUCUUCCCCGUGGUGUGGUCCAUCCGCCACCUCCAGGAGGCCUCCAGCACAGAUGGCAAAGCUGCCACAAACCUGGCGAAACUGAAGCUUUUCAGACAUUACUACGUCAUGGUCGUGUGUUACAUUUACUUCUCCCGCGUCAUUGCCAUCCUGCUCAAAUUCACCGUCCCCUUCCAGUGGCAGUGGCUCUAUGAGCUCCUGGUCGAAGUAUCCACCUUGGUUUUCUUCAUCCUAACGGGAUACAAGUUCCGCCCGGCUUCGAACAACCCUUAUCUACAGCUGCCCCAAGAGGACGAGGAAGAGGGGGAGGAACUGCAGAUGAAUCAGGUGGUCACAGAAGCCGGCGUCCAUGAGGGUCUCUCCAAGCUGAAGAAGAGCAGGGUUGCCCGUGAGGCAGUGUGAGGCCUAUCCACGCAGACUGUUGCUAGCGCUCGGACCCUGGGGAGGCCGCCGGGUCCCACCCUGUGGCCUGGCCGAAGACUCCCAAGCGGGACAGAGAAAUCUGGGGGUUUGUGUUGAAUUCCUGCCUCUCUGCUCCCCUGCCCCACCUUGUGGCAGUGCUGAGAACUGCAUGGUCCCGUGCAAUUCCAGCCGCUGUUCCCAGAACCAGGCCUGUUCUCCAGACUGCAAGAAGAUCAGACGAACUCUGGAUGGCUGGGGGCUGCUGUCUCUUGUACGGGGCUGGGGGGGGGACUUUGGCCAAGCUCUGCUCUUCUCCUGCAAGAGCGGUUUCCAGACCCGCUUCCUGAUCCGUGCAUCCCUGCUGCUGGCUUAGAUGCAUCCUCCACCAGCAGCCCCCACCCUCACCAGCUCUCCCACCCCCUUCUCCUUCACUCCAUUGACUAGCUGGGGCCAAGCAGCAAAGGUGGAGCUGGCCUUAAGCACCAACAUCUGGCUGGGGUCAAAGAGGUCCUGUACCACUGGGGUGAGGCGAUAGAUGGUUCCAGGGCGGAGGAGAAGUAGUGGCUAUCUUCAGCUGAGGCCAAGAGCUCCCCAGCCCCACUGCAUGCUGGUGAUGCUGAGCAAUAGGCCAGGAUCUAGACAACAACUGAGCAGUGACGCUUGGCUUACGCUCGUCGGGAUCUCCGUGUGGUACCCGGUUAGCUGUGGGCCAUGGUUUUCACUCGAGCAUUGGUGGUCCCUCCUUCCUGGGAGAAGCAGGUUUUCAGGGGCAUGCUGCUCCUGGCUUCUUGCUAGAUCCUGUCGGGUGGUAGGUUCAGGUGUGAUUCUCGCACCAGCUGGGCCUGCAGGGCUUGCGUCUUGGUCGCCUCUCUGUGACUCCAGCGUGCUCGCCUGCCGCAUCUGUCUGCUCUGCCCGUCUCCCCGGGAGCUGAGAUUGGAGCUGGCUUCCUUCCUGCUCAGACCCCAGCGCUAGAUCCUGCCCUUGGUUACCUGUGCAGCUAGGUGGAAACGGGGGUUCCACCCUUAAAGGGAAUGAGCAGGGGAGAACCCAGCUUCAUUUAGCUCCCAGCCUGCCCCUGUGAGCUGGGGCAACCAACCUCCUCCUCCCGUGGAACAAACCUCUUUAUCCCCAGACACAGAGUAGGUGGGACCCGCUCAUGCACAAGGCCUGUACCCCUGCUGGGAUUGGCCCAGCACCCCUGAAACAGCAGGCCCUUAGCUGCUGUGCACCAGGCCAAAGGCAGGAGCAGGAGCUAACAGUGUGAGGCCACGGAGGAGUUUGGGACCCGGCCCCUGCUUGUGACACUACUGGAGUUCAGGCCAGGGUAGAACAGCCAGCGUCCUGAUCCUCAACGCAGGCUCUGUCUGCAUUUAUGCAACCUGCUCGGUGGCUGCAAUGGGGGGGGGAGGGGGCCUCCCCACAAGGGAGAUCCUACUGCCAGGGUGCCACCGCCCUCUCUCUGGCUGCCUCUGUUCUCUACCGAAUAACUCUGCCCUUGGCUGUGAUGCCCUUGUAAGUGCGGGCUCAACACCUCUCCUCCCCCCCCCCCCGAUUUAAAUUCCUCAUUAUUUCUGGGAACUGUGAUUAUCACACUCCUAACCCCUGGGUGGAUCCCCAUUGUCUCAGCAGGGUUGGGUCAAUAUGCCCACGUGGUAAGGAGUUCCUUGGCUUAAUUGUAACUUUCUGCACAGCCUGGCGCGGGAGGUCUCUGGCUUUGUCUUAGGGGAGUGGGCUCUGUGUAUAGAGGGCAAAGCCCUGCAUUCCAUGCUGGUGUAUAAAUGGCCGUUUCCGUA